AUGACUGUCAAGGACGAUGUUUACCAUGCGACCGAACACUUGAUCCUCCCCAAGCCUCGACGCCGCUAUCGCACCAGUGUCCAUCCUAGUCACUGGCAGUUGCGCUCCAUGGUGGGCGUCGAGGACAAUGACCUAGUCUAUUUUCCCGGAGGAAGGGACAACACCGAGGUCCAGAGACUCAACAUCACGACGCAGGAGAUCGAAACCAUCAAGCGCCUUCCUUUCCAGCCUAGGUGUCUUGUUGCGCGGAAUGGGUGGAUCUGCUGUGGUGGCGAGACGGGCGAGUUUACGGCGAUACAUGUCCGCGAAAGAAGCCCUCCGAACGAUGCCAAUGCGACGGAUUCGGACGACCAGGUUCCCGGUCAGGAGCUACUGGACGAACUCAGUCAUGACCUGGACGACGAGGACUCGGUAGAGGUCGCGCGGGCGCUAGCUCGAGCCCAGAUCAUAACUGCUGCGCGAGGCAAUGCCAACAACGAUAACAAGAACCUGUCUGUCACAAGCAAAAAGUUUGGCAAACAGCGCGUCAACUGCAUCACUUUGUGGUUUCCACCAACCCUGGUACCCGCUGCGGCAGGCGCAUACAACGAACCAGUUGCCGUUCUUUCAAACAAUGACAAUUCCGUUUCUUGUGUUAGUUUGUGGGAAGAGGAGGCCUUGGACGAGAUCACAUACCCAGACUGUGUCAACCGUGCUGUCAUCUCCCCCGACGGCCGGCUCCUCAUCGCCAUCAGCGACGACCCUUACCUAUACGUACACGAGAGAGUUGAGAAGGAGGAGCCGUGGAUGAAUAGUUACCGUCUCUCCCAUCGAACACACAAAUGGGUUCCGUUGCGUAAAGUUCCCUUGGAGAGUCAAAGCAAAGAUGAUCGGUCAGAAAAUAGGGGGAGUUUUGCCGCAUGCUUUUCCAGUACAGGGAGUUAUCUCGCUGUCGGCACUCAAUAUGGGAUUAUUUCCGUCUUCGAUGUCGCGGCCUUCUCUGUCUCUGGAUUAGAUCCUCUCAUAACGACCUUCGGCUCGUCAAGGCCACACGCUGAGCUGGGCGCCAUCCGUGACAUGGCCUUUGCUCCCGGGUCCACGGACCUCCUAGCAUGGACUGAAGAUCGUGGCCAUGUCGGUGUCGCCGACCUCCGAACCGGUUUUCUCUCACGCCAGAUUCUGGACCUGGACAAACGAGACGACUACGACCACGUCACCAUAUCCGAUAGAAGCGCUAUCGACCCUCGCCUCCUCCUCCUCGCAGCAGCCCGCAGCGAUGACAAUGAGGCCUCAGCAUCCGCUUCACCACCGCCUCGCUUGCGCGGUGUCGAUCUUCUAGCAGCCCUGGAAGCUCGACGGGAACGCUCAAAUAGAGAGCAUUGGGAUUCGCUAGAGUCGUCUUCGUUCACUCCUCGUGAACUGGAGGUACUUGACGCGAUUCGGGCAGAACGGAGACAGCGAGAUGCCGCCACCUCGGGCGGAGGAGGAACCGCAACCGAAAGAAGAACUAAUACUUCGAUCUGGCGUGAUGAUCCAUUAUCCCGCUCAGGCGGAGCAGGAGCAGGAGACACCCAGCGGUCGUCUGGGAGUAGCGAGCAGUCCCGCGAGCGUAGCAGUGGCUUGAGAAACACUCGUGAAACCCGGGACCUAUCUACCUACCGUGAGUACGCAGACUUACUCACCGGCGUCCCUCCUCGCGCAGCUACAUCGCUACGAGCAUCUGCCAGCACCGGCAGUGCAACCGGUGGUAGUAGUGGUCGUGAUGGGCGGAACAUGCGAGCAAGCAUAGCCGCAUUACGGGAAGCAGCUGACGAAGCUACCGCCGCCGAUCAUCUUCGCGUCAUCAGUGCCAUGGCUAGUAUAGACAGAGGAGGAGACCGAGGAGACCGAACGUACCCACCUACCCGGCCCGCUGGUACCGCUGGUGCCAGCGGCCGUACCACCAGCAAUACCAAUAACCAAGCCCAGACUGCCUCAGACGCAGCAGCAGAGAGGCGAGCCCUCACCCUCUCCUCGCGCAUCAUGGCGAACCCAAGCUUAUUGUCUCCCACCAGCAGAAACACCACAUCCAACACAAGCACCAGCAAUGUCAGUGCUGCCGCCACCCUGCAACAGCUCUACUACACCCUCCACCUCGAAGAUACCCUACCGUUCGACAGCUUCAGCAGGACGCUCCCCGAUCUCGACUCCACCCGCAGGCUGCGCGGCGCCCAUGCUUCGCUGCGCGAGUGGGAUGAUCACCCGACUAGACGGGCGUUUGGGGCGCUGUAUAUGAGUAGACGGGAGCCGGAUCCGCAUGAUACGGCGGGGUUGUGUUGGAGUGAGGAUGGAAGGAUUUUGUAA